GGGCUCAAGCCACUGACUGUAUGGCGUAUUUACCUAAGUUGGGGCGGGCGCAAUAACUUAGCCAUACACUCAGAGGUCUCACAGACAAGCGUUCCAUCAUUUACUUUUUCUUAAACCACAGCCUCGAAACAAUUUAUACAAAACUGAAGAGAUGUCCUCCUCAAACCAGUCACAACCGCCAGCCAUUAAUUACGUCGUUGGUUUCUUGCUUGUCGGGCUUGCUUGGGGGCUUACGACGCCUUUCAUCCGCCGCGCGGCUCGGAAUCACAACCCGCCGCCUCAUCCAUUGCUGGGAAGGGAUAAUGUGAAAGCCAGUUGGCUCAAGAGUAAACUCUACGGUGCCUUCUUCGCCGUCGUUGACUUGCUACGGAAUCCGAGAUAUGCCGUUCCACUUCUAAUUAAUCUGACGGGUAGUGUUUGGUUCUUCUUACUCAUAGGCCAAGCAGAACUAAGCUUAACUGUCCCAAUCGUAAACACGUUGGCAUUUCUUUUCACGGUGCUUGGCGACUGGUGGGUUGACAAAAAAGUUAUCAGCAGGGACACAUGGAUAGGAAUGAUUUUAUCCUUAGGUGGUAUCGCAUUGUGCGUUCAAAGCAAAUCUAGCUGAUGAAUAUCCUUACCAAACACUCCCUUACGAGGCUAUACAUAGAUUUUUUUUUUUUUUUUUAUGUAUUUUAAUGGGCUAGCCGGGAAUGAUGGGGGGUACUGUUGGUCCAACUACAUCAAGGGUGUAAAGUGUAUCCGAUAUGGCAUUGCGUGUAACUAAGAAUCCAGAAAAAAUACAGGAUUUAUAUGCCUCGAAGGCCGAUAUCGUCCAACGGUGUCAGAAUUAGUCAUGUAUCAAUAGAAUUGAUACCUUUGUUUUUCUCUUAUUGUCUUAAGUUAAGAAUCGUUUGGAUGAUGACAAAGCUAAUGACGCUACUCAUUGCUAAGGCUACAUGUAUGUGUGCCUUUCACUUAAAAAUUACCUAGG